GACCGUCCGUACGCCUUAUUUGCAUAGAGCCGGCUACAUAAGGCGGCGGCAGGCGAAUCUCCAGUCCGUGUGUGGGUGCUUUCACUGCUGUUUCCGAGAUGCCGGAGCCCGCGAAGUCUGCGCCGGCCCCGAAGAAGGGGUCGAAGAAGGCGGUGACGAAGGCGCAGAAGAAGGACGGCAAGAAGCGCAAGCGCAGCCGCAAGGAGAGCUACUCGGUGUACGUGUACAAGGUGCUGAAGCAGGUGCACCCGGACACGGGCAUCUCGUCGAAGGCCAUGGGCAUCAUGAACUCGUUCGUGAACGACAUCUUCGAGCGCAUCGCGGGCGAGGCGUCGCGCCUGGCGCACUACAACAAGCGCUCGACCAUCACGUCUCGGGAGAUCCAGACGGCCGUGCGGCUGCUGCUGCCCGGGGAGCUGGCGAAGCACGCGGUGUCGGAGGGCACCAAGGCCGUCACCAAGUACACGAGCUCCAAGUGAGCGCGGCCGCCCCGCCGCCCGCCCCCAAAGGCUCUUUUCAGAGCCACCCACUCUCUCAGGGAAAGUAGCUGGUAUGCUGUGCCUUUGCAGUUGUUUGUUUUGCGCGGCUUGAGCUUUUUUGGGAGGCAGGAGUGAGGAAGUGGGUGCACUUCGGAAGUGGUGUUUGUGUGCUGAGUUACGAAGUCAGUAAAUUUGGAGCGUUCUUAAACGUC